AUGUCCCAAAAGAUUGCGGAACUUCUCGCAGAGUAUAAGAUUUCAAACGGCACAGGUCCAGACAAGGCGAGGACAAGGACGCAGUUGGAAGCAUUGCCUGUCAACCUCCCUUACUUCCAGCAAGCCGUCCACCACCUCGAUGCUGGCAAUGGUGACUUCGGAGACGAAAAUGAGCAUGGCGACGACGACGACGCUCGAACUGUGGCCAACACCACAACUAGCGCGGCUGACGACAGUGACCGACAGCUCAUGCGUGCCCCGAAACCGACCAAGGCCGAAACUCGAGCACUUAAAAAGGCUGCCAAAGUAGCAAAGUCGCAAUUCAAGGCUGCUAAGAACCAACAGAAACACAUCAUCAACGUCCGGACGGCAGAUGUCUCAUUCGUUGCAGAGGUCUUGCACGGCGACACUGCAAACACCGGCGGACAACCCGGUGCGACACAUCCACUGGCGAGCGACAAGACCAUUGAAGAGGUUAUUGCAAGAAACAUGGGUUUCAUGUCAAGCAUUGAGGCACACAAGAAGACGUUGCUGUCCAGUAUUGCACAGAGGAGGAAGAGUGAGCGUGAAAGGCGCAAGAGCACGGUUGGAUGCACUGGCGGCAGCGGAAAGAAGAGGAGAUUCAGUGAAGGUGUGCAUGAUGGUGAUGCUGACGAUGGUGAGAUGGAAGAUCUGCUCGUUGCUGUUUUGGUAAAGCUUGGGGUUGAUGUAGGACAUGUUCGGUCUGGUGGUUGUCCUGCCGGUGCUGCUGUUGCUUUUGUCAGUGGCGUUGGUGGAAGGAAGAGUGGUGUCGGAGCAGGAGCCAAUAAAGCGGCCGCUUCCUCCUCUCCACAGCGAAUUCCUGCCAUCAUCGUGGCUCUAAAGGCUUUGGUGAAAGAUGAUCUGGAAAGAUUUGAGAACGAGCAGCGGGAGACAUGUGUUCGAGCAGGUGGAUUCUGGAGAUAUGUUGGGCGGCCUGUGUUUGAGCGGAUGACCAAGAUUGCAAGAGGAGUGGAUUGGAAGACGGGGAUGAUAUUGAAGGAUAUCAACAACAGGGAAAUGGAGGGCUGA